AUGUUUGCGACCCUCGGAAAACCGAGGGUCGAGAUUCCGUACGAAAAUCGUGAAAAAUUGCCAAAUGGUUUGAGAGGAUAUUAUGUACAUAGACUUCUUGUAAAUGCUGUUGCAAUGUGGGCUUCACCUCGUUACGCUUGUUAUAUUUUCAUGAUGUUAGAUGAAAUUCAUAGACAAGAACGUGAAGAGAUGGAAAACAAGCUUGAAGCAAAAGAUGAAGUCAUUGAAGCAAAAGACAAAAGCCUUCAGAAAAGAAUACCACGUUCGGUACCAAAAGGAAAGGAAAAGAACUAUAAGUAUAUGAUUUAUACUGAAGAUAUGGAAGACAGAGAUAUGGUUAUGUUGCAUUUAGUCAGAAGAAACAACAAAAGCUUUUACGACCUUGCUAAGAUUUACAAAUCUGACAGAAAUUGGUUCUAUCGCGAAAACUUACCGAUUUCAAUGACACCGAAUGAAGAUGUGAAACAAAUAGUUCAAGAUACGUUACCUCAAACACACUAUGAUAUGAAAGGUUGUACAAUACUUACCUUCAAAGAAGACUUACCGCUACUGAAAGAAAAAAUAACAGAGUAUUUUGACAACUUCAAACAAGCAGAGUAA